AUGGUGGACGGCGUGUUGAGCACCGGCCGGUGCGACAGAUUAGGUUUUGAGGAGACGGAGCUGAGGCUCGGGAUUGGGCUGCCCGGCGCCGGAGAUCAGAAAGGUAACGGUAAUUACGGCAAGCGAGGGUUUUCCGAGACUGUGGAUUUGAAGCUCAAACUCUCGACAGAGGAGAUCGGUGAUUUGGAUCGAGAUGAUUUUGAGAAGACGACGAAUCUGAACAAGAAGAGCCUCACGGCUUCGCCUACCGAAUCUGUUAAGCCGCCGGCGAAGGCGCAGGUGGUGGGUUGGCCGCCGGUCCGCUCGUUCAGGAAAAAUUCGAUGGCGGUUCAGAGGAAGAGCGAGACGGAGGACUGUGGAAAGGGUGCCACCGCCGGCGGCGGUGGAGGCGCCUUGGUGAAGGUGAGCAUGGACGGUGCACCAUACCUGCGCAAGGUGGAUGUGAAGAUGUACAGAACUUACCAGGAGCUGUACGACGGUCUCGGCAAAAUGUUCAGCUCUUUCACUAUAGGGAAAUGUGACUCGCAAGGGAUGAUGGAGUUCAUGAACGAGAGCAAGUUAAUGGACCUUCUGAAUGGCUCUGAUUAUGUGCCGACCUACGAAGACAAGGAUGGCGAUUGGAUGCUCGUAGGCGAUGUCCCUUGGAGGAUGUUCGCUGAAUCGUGCAAGCGCCUCCGUAUAAUGAAAGGAACAGAAGCGAAGGGACUAGCACCUCGAGCCAUGGAGAAAUGCAAAAGCAGAAGCUAA